CAAAUAUGUUUUGGCGAAAUCACCACCCAGCAAAGAGAGAGAGAGAGAUCCAAAGUCGAUCCAGAGAGGGCCCGUAUGUUUUGGGAGUAUCCUCACAUGGAUUGGAAAUGAAAUGAGAGACAUCAUCUGCCAACUCAACCUUCUUCACCUUCUCUCUCUCUCCUCCUUCCUCCAUUAAUUUAUUAUUGAAAAAAACUGAGUCUUCAGGUGCAGAGAAUUCAAAUCACCACACCCAUUAUUUCCCUCAGCUAUACUUUUCUAUUCCCAUCUUCAAACUACCUAGUUUUCCUUUCCCAUUCGAAAAAAUCUUAGCUCCCAUUAAACAAUUCCAAAACCCCAUUACCCAAAACAGCAAAAAGAAAAAAGAAGAUUUUGGACCCAUCUCAUCUCAUUAUUCUACAAUAUUUCAUCAAAAGGCAAGAGCUUGAACUACUCACGGUCACUGCUUUGAUUUCUUCAUCUGGGGCGGGGCCUUGACUCAAUUAAAGGGGUGUGUGUGGAUUGAUUUCAUCAGCCAAUUCUUGGCUGUAACAACGACAUCACCAGUCCUCCGUGGGCCCCGCUGCGGCGCCCCAUAAACUUGCAGACUGCAGAAAAAAAAAUGGAGCUUUUUGGAAGUAUUUUGCACUUGUAUUAGCAAACAUAUGUCAUAUGUUGCAUUGCCUGCAUUUCUUUGUCUGAGUAUUUUGAUAGGUGGACUUAACUUUUGUAGGGAAGAGGGGGGGCUAUAGGCAUUUCAUGCUUGUUUUGUUAAUUUCUUGAGCAAUUAGAUCUGAAUUCUUGAUUGUUUUACUUGAGAAUUUGUUAGUUUUAUGAUUUUCUCAUGUGUUUUUGAGCUUUUGGAGGGGGUGGUGCAAGGAUUUUAACCUACAUUUGAUCUAAAUUUAGAGUCAUGAGAAGGAAUUCGGGGCCGCCUUUUAGGAACUCCGGUGCCUUCACUAGCCCGGGGACACCCGAGUAUGGUGAUCACUUGCCGAAGACGUGGAGCUCUGAGAGAGUGCCGUUGCCUGCAAGCAGUAGUAGGAGGCAUGUCUCUGCUGCUGCAUUGAUGCCCUUCAAUAGUGGGAGGACUGUGCCUUCGAAAUGGGAUGAUGCCGAGAGAUGGAUCACUAGCCCGAUUUCGGGGUUUGGCGCCUUCAACACUGCGGCUGCUCAGAGACGGCCCAAGUCCAAGAGUGGUCCUUUGGGGCCGACUCCUAUGGGACUUGUAUACUUGCCUAACUACUCCCCCACCAUGCCUGUACACGAGGGCGGGGCUGUGAGGAAUUUCAUGGCCAAUUCGCCUCUUACUACCGGGGUCUUGGUCCCGGAGGGUUUAUCUGUUCAUUAUGAGUCUGAAAUGGCUGCACGGUCUCGUUCCUUGUAUGCUGAAGACAACAGGAGACACGGUGCUAGUAUGCUCGGCUUGUCUGAUAUGCUUAGCGAAACUUCUGAGCCUAGUUCUCAAGAUGAGAAAUUUGGUGGCAAGGAGGAAGAAGCCCUAGUUUCACGCAGGGAUGUGGCUACUCAAAUGAGCCCCGACGGGAGCACCCGUUCAUCCUCCAAAGGAAGGUUAUCGUUUUCCACCCGUUCCUCCAUCCCUAUGUUAGAGCGCCUGCAUGCAGGGAAAGAUGAUAUUAGAGACGUCCAGGUGGACAAGGGCACCGACACUUGUAGAGGAUCGAGGAAACAACAAGUAGAAGAAGAGAUGGACUCGACUCACGUAGGAGACGUACCUACAGCUUGGGUCGUUACCGAGUCGUCAAAAAACAUGUCCAAGUUUCAGAGAGAGGAAGCCAAGAUCUCUGCCUGGGAGAACUUGCAAAAGGCCAAAGCCGAGGCUGCAAUGCGCAAACUCGAGAUGAAACUGGAGAAGAAGAGAUCGGCUUCGAUGGAAAAGAUAACGCUCAGACAAAAGCUCAAGUCAUGAGAAGCACUCUCUCAGACCAACCACCUCCUAGGAGAAGAAGGAUCUCCUGCUCUCUAUAUUUCAAGUUUUGUUCUAUUUGUAGCUGCUUCAUAUGCACCAAGACAUAAUUUCAGGGAAAUAUACAUUUUCGCCUUAAUCAAAUAAUCAUCACAACUUAGAAC